AUGUCGCACGAGCGGAUCAUAGAAUUAUUCAACAAAAGCACAAACCCCGAACAAGACGAACACCUAUCCCUCCUAUCCAGAAUGGAAGAGCUCUCUCUCCCAGAUCAAGGAGAACAAACCCAAACCCCAAGAGAAGAUUACACAGUGUAUAUUGGCCGCCCUCGCACACCAUUUUCCGACAUCGAUGACCCGCACACCCAAAUAGUCCCCGCCUGCACUGGGGUCUGCGGGAACGUGCUGAUCCUGCACGGGAUGGAGAGCAAUACCUGCAUGUGGAUAUGGGUUUCUGAAACGAAGGACAGGGAGAGCCGGGAGGUUGUGCUUAGAAAGGAGAUGGAGAGAUUCCCGCGGUGUCAGUAUCGAUGUGAUGUGUUGGUUGAUAAGAAAAAGACGGGGGUGCUUAGGGCUGCGGAAUGUGAGAGGUUUGAGAAGAUUGUUGAGGAGAGGCCGGCGUGGACGGGGUUUGUGUAUGGGGUUUUGAAGGCUUGUUCUGAGGAAGAGGUGCUUCGGAAGGAGGGCGUGAGGAAUGCUCUUUUUGCCUGCGGGGUGUCUAGUAUGAGCUUUUAG